CGGGAGCGGCGCAUGGCGGGCUGAGGGCAGCGCCGGCCGGGCCGGGGGAUUUAGAUGUCUCAAUGGAUAUGUGGAGCUACUUCCAUACUUGCCUGGCGUCCAUAUGGCUGCACAGAUUUUACAUCUACUCUGCUGUUGCUUUGGGGAUCAGCCUGUGGAUUGUCAUUCAGUUCACCACCACCAAAACCAAAAAGAAGGGUGAAAAAUCCAGUGGGAAUCCCACUUCCUCCAGAGGGACAGAAGACAAGCUGGUAAAUGGAUGUGCCACCCCUCAGGCAAAGGAGGUGUAUGUUACUGGAGUGAAGAUCUUCUAUGGGUCUCAGACUGGCACAGCAAAGAGGUUUGCCAAAGCUCUGGCUGAAGCUGUUACUUCCCUUAAUUUGCCUGUGGAAGUCGUUAACAUGGGAGACUGUGACCCAGAUGACUGUUUGGCAGAGGAGGCAACCAGCAGGAAUGUCUGUGUGUUCCUGGUGGCCACGUACACGGAUGGGCAGCCCCCGGAGAGUGCGGCCUGGUUCUGCAAGUGGCUGGAAGAGGCAGCCAGCGAUUUCCGUGUGGGGAAAACCUACCUGAAGGGGCUCAGAUAUGCCGUGUUUGGCCUGGGGAACUCGGUGUAUGUGGAUCAUUACAACACAGUUGGCAGGAGGGUGGACAGGUGGCUGUGGGUGCUCGGUGCCAGCCGUGUGAUGACACGCACCGAGGGCGACUGCAACGUGGCGCGGAGCAGGCACGGCAGCAUCGAGGGCGACUUCGAGGCCUGGAAAGCCAAAUUCCUCACUCGGCUCCAGGCCCUCUGCAGAGGGGAGAGGAAGCCCUGCAGUGGGAAGUGCAAGAAAGGGAAGUGCAGAUCCCCAGGGAAGCAGAGCAAGGAGAGCUCGGAUCAUGAACAUGGAGUGUCGGAGCACGAGAACACUGAGGCAGAGGAAUUGUUUGAAACCAGCAGUGAGGAGGAAGCUGAUGCUGAGGAAGCUGGAGGCACAAAUGCUGUCGUUGAUGUAGAAGAUCUCGGCAAUAUCAUGGGUCACAUGAAGAAAGCAAAGGGAGAACAUGAGCUCCAGGAAGGAGAUGUUGGAAGGAGAGAGAACCCUGGCAGGAAGGAGGAGGAGGAGGAGAAGAGGGAGAUGAUAACGCCGGCCCUGAGGGACGCGCUCACCAAACAAGGUUACAAACUCAUUGGGAGCCAUUCCGGGGUGAAGCUCUGCCGCUGGACAAAGGUGGGCCCUCUUUCCUUUUCUCCUCUGGUAGAUAAAACAAAGCUAGAGACUUACUCAGUGUCAGAGAAGGCCGUGAAAUGUUUAAAGAAAAACUUGUCAAACUCCGAUGUUGCGACUGAGGAAAGCAGAGGAGCUGUUUUUAUUAAAGAACCAGAAUUUAAUGCAGUGCUUGAGUGCCUUGUGUCCUCUCCCUGCAGGCACCACACGAACCCAGUGGGCACAGAGUGGCGCUGGAAGAUGGACCAGCCGGAGCUGAUCCUGCAGGAGGCGAUUGAGAACCAUCAGAACAUGAUCAAGCAGUUCAGAGGUGUGUCAGGAGUGAAGGCUGAUCGCUUUGAGGAGGCCCUGACAGUGAAACACUGCGCUCUGUCCCUGGUGGGGGAGCCCAUCAUGUACCCCCAGAUCAACCGCUUCGUGAGGCUCCUGCACCAGCACAGCAUCUCCAGCUUCCUGGUGACCAAUGCACAGUUCCCAGAGGAGAUCAGGAGCCUGGAGCCAGUGACCCAGCUGUAUGUGAGUGUGGAUGCCAGCACCAGGGAGAGCCUGAGGAGAAUCGACAGACCCCUCUUCAAGGACUUCUGGCAGAGAUUUCUGGACAGUUUAAAGGCCUUGGCUGAAAAGGUACGCAGUUAAGAAUGUGCUUUUAAAUAGAUUUUUUUUAAUUCCCCCUGUA